AUGGCACCAACAAAGCAGGAACUCUCCCUGCUCAUCAACCCUCUUGUGCCCGAGUCCGUUCAGCACAACAACCGCGUCCUCUCCUCCCUCCACAGCUUGACCUCCUUCCUCCUGGGUCUGUCCGCAGGAAUCCUAGCAUUGCAAUCAACCUACGGCUUCGCCUUCUACUUCCUAGGCACAAUCCUAGUGUCCGGCCUCUUCCAUGCAGUCCUGAUCCACCGCUCUGGGGGUGCAGGUGCCGGCUCUUUCUUCCCGGGUAGUAACCCUGGUGAAAUUGAGGGUGUUGUGGAGAUGGAUGAGAAGAGUCAGACUGUGCGCAUGCAGCUUGGUGGAAAGGCGGGUUCGAGGAAGAUCCUCCGUAAGGGUGCUUGGAGGGAUGUUUGGUUUGGUGGUGGUGUUAUGAGCGAGGCGCUGAGUGGGUUUGUCCUUGGAUGGGCGGGUGUUGGUGGUGUUUUGAGGUGA